UGCAGAAAGACUUAGCGGGUGCAAAACAAGACAUUUGUAUACUUUGUUUGUCUGUCUGUUUCCGGUUUGAGUUUGGAAUUUAAUUUGAAAAUUUAUAAUGCCUCCGCAUGGGAAAGGUUAUAAAGAGAGAGACCAGUUAUACAGAUUAAUAAUCAGCCAGUUAUUUUAUGAUGGUUACCAAACAUUAGCUGUGAGUUUAUCAAAUUUGAUUAAAACUCAACCUCCCUGUCCUCCUUCUGAUCGUCUGCUUCAAAUAGUAGCAUUGGGAUUAAGAACCGAGUUAGAUAAUAAGGAACAUGAUGCAAUGAGAGUGGAUACAUCAAAUGUUGGUAUUGGCAUAGAUCUUGAAUAUGAAACUGAAGCACCAUCACUUGCACCUGAGCCAGCAUUAUAUGAAACAUGUUACGUCACGUCUCAUAAAGCCCAAUGCCGAGCUGGAGCAUUUAGCAGUGAUGGUCAGCUUGUUGCCACUGGUUCUCAUGAUGCUUCUAUCAAAAUUUUGGAUGUAGAUCGUAUGUUGGCAAAAAGUGCAACGCCUGCUGAUGUUGCUGCUCAAGAAACGACUCAACAGAAUAUGGAAACUCAUCCUGUGAUACGGACACUAUAUGAUCAUAUUGAGGAAGUUACUUGUUUAGAGUUCCAUCCUACUGAGCAGAUUCUAGUAUCUGGAAGUAGAGAUUAUACUGUAAAGUUUUUUGACUUUUCUAAACCAUCUGUGAAGCGUGCUUUUAGAACAAUUCAUGAAGCUGAAAUGGUUAGAUGCUUAUCUUUACAUCCAUCUGGUGACUUUAUAUUAGUAGGAACUCAGCAUCCUGUCUUGCGAUUAUAUGAUGUUCGAACUACACAAUGUUUUGUUAGUGAUCAACCAGAUGAUCAACAUAAAGCACCAAUUACUAUGGUUAAGUAUAGUCCCAACGCAAAUAUGUAUGCCACAUGUUCAAGGGAUGGAGAUAUUAAGCUGUGGGAUGGUGUGAGUAAUAGAUGUUUUAAUACAUUUCCAGGAGCUCAUGAUGGAAGUGAAGUGUGUUCUGUUCAGUUUUCACGCAACUCAAAAUAUCUUUUAAGUAGUGGAAAAGACUCAUUAGUAAAAUUAUGGGAGCUGUCUAUGGCAAGAUGUCUUAUAGCUUAUACUGGUGCUGGUGCAACAGGAAAGCAAAUACAUCGUAGCCAAGCGGUUUUCAACCAUACAGAAGAUUAUGUCCUUUUCCCUGAUGAAAAAACUACUAGUCUUUGUAGCUGGGAUGCGAGAAAUGCUGAACGUCAACGACUGCUAUCACUUGGGCACAAUAAUAAUGUCCGUUAUAUUGUACAUUCACCUACUGGUCCUGCUUUUGUGACAUGCAGUGAUGAUUUUCGAGCACGAUUUUGGUAUAGACGUACUGAGUCUGGAGAUUAAGAAGUUUUGUGAGCAUACACUUUUCAUCUCAUUAUGUUGUAAACUGAACAUAUAAGAUUGUCUUAUGUUCUGUCAUUGUCGUGUCAUUUUUUAUAUGUGACUAUUCUUGUUUUUGAUUAAAUUUAUCUUUUCAAAAUAUGA